CCCGUGUUUGGGAUUGGUAAAUAUUUGUUGGCCUUGAGAAAAGUGAAGAGACCGCACAGGACAACACGGCUGGGCCCGCGUGCCCUCUCGCGUGCGUCGCCUCACACAUGGUUCUGUGCGUGAGGGCGACGGUCGGCAGCGUGCUGGACUCAACCUCAAGGGGGACCGGUUCGCUUCCAUCUCGCAGCAGUUGAAACAAUGGGGGCGAGUUUCUCAAAUCCCUCCGCCACCGCCUCUGUCCACCCAGCGGCACAAAUUUGGUACCCGCGGUCGAUCGGCAGGUCGCGUGUGGUGGGAUGAAGAGUGGGGACGCCCAGAUCUUGGGAUACAUCUGGACAGUGUGGUCGAGUGGAGUUGUCCAACGUGUUCCUACAGCGGCGCCAGGCGGCGAUCGUCCUGGCGCGGGUGCGGCGCGCCAACAGCGGCUGGGAGGAGCUGCGCAAGGGGAACCUGGAGCGCGAGUGCAUGGAGGAGCGCUGCAGCUUCGAGGAGGCGCGCGAGGUGUUCGAGAACAUCGACGCAACGAAUGACUUCUGGAACAAAUACUCGGACGGAGACCAGUGCAGCUCCAACCCGUGCAAGAAUAAUGGCGUCUGCAAGGACGGGAUCAACCAGUACACCUGCUACUGCCUCAGCGGCUACGACGGGAACACCUGCGAAAUCUCCAAGCUGGGCUGCACCUUCCGUAACGGUGGCUGCGAGCACUUCUGCCAGGGCUCGGAUGAGAAGUUCUCCUGCUCCUGCGCCAAGGACUACAAACUGCACGCCGACGGCAAGUCCUGCCGGCCUAUGGUGCCCUUCCCGUGUGGCAGAAUCCAGGUGCAGGUGAAGAAGCCUCGGUCGAAGCGAGAGGCUUCAUCCGUCACUGUGGCAACGCCGGUCCAACCCGUGCCCCCUCACUCCACGGUGUCCGACAACAGCAGCUACAUUGCAGAGGGGUCCGAGGGGGACUUGCGCAUCGCGGGGGGAGAAGAAUGCCCCCUCGGGGAGUGUCCCUGGCAGGUUCUGAUUCUGGACAAGAAGGGUGAGGGCUUUUGUGGCGGAACCAUCCUCAACCGGGAGUGGGUCCUGACGGCCGCCCACUGCAUCCCGUCCGAGCCCGACAUCGUCAUCGUCGGUGAGCACAACCGCACGGUGUCUGAGCCCACGGAGCAGCAGAUAUCCAUCAAGCAGAUGGUGAUGCACAACCGCUUUAACAACGCCACCUACGACAACGACAUCGCGCUGCUGCAGAUGAGCGAGCCCAUCAAGUUCAACAAGUACGUGCUGCCCGCCUGCCUGCCCGAGCCGGACUUUGCGGACAACGUGCUCAAGGAGGAGCUGGCUCGCAUCAGCGGCUGGGGUUACCUGCGCGAGCGCGGGUUAAAGGCCAAAGUGCUGCAGACGUCCUUUGUGCCGUACCAGGACAUGGCACGGUGCAAGGAAUCGAGCAGCUACACCAUCACCAAGAACAUGUUUUGCGCCGGCUACAGCGACUCGAAGACGGACGCGUGCCAGGGCGACAGCGGCGGCCCCCACGUCACGCCCUAUGCCAACACGUGGUUCUCCACCGGCAUCAUCAGCUGGGGCGAGGGCUGCAACCGCAAGGGAAAGUUCGGGAUCUACGCCCGCGUCUCACGCUAUUUGCCCUGGAUCGACACGGUGAUGAAGAACUACAGCGUCUACAAGGACGAAAUCCCCACCGCUGGGCGCAAUCUCCGGCGCAGCCGCCAGAACUGAGCACGGGCGCCGGCAGAUGAUCGCGGAGGUCGGGGGUGGGGGUGGGGGGACAAAAACGAUGCCACAAUGGGAGAGUUGGGGAGUGGAAAAUGGUGGGGAUACGUUUGAGAAAUAAUCCACACGGUGCAUGAAGUUGAGUUGCCGAAUACCGUUGUAUACUCUUUGGUCACGAAAGCUUCAAAUCAAGAUUAGAAUACCGUUGUGUUGAUUUAAGCAAGUGUCUUGAAGGGAUAAACUUGAUAACCCACGA